AUGGCCAUGGCGCCGACCGACCAAGAGCAUGAUCAGGCAGCGCACGCCGACCGGAACCUGCAGGCCCCACUCUCCACGCCUCGGACGUCAAGUACCUCUUCAGCCGCACCAGCAUCUCGUGACGUCUCGGGGGGCUCAUCCUACUGGCAAUGGUUUGCAACCUCGGCCCGCGCACUCUUUGUCGCGCCAUGGGCCGUUGGGGCUCCUGAUGCGACGGUCGCCCCUGCCAGUGGUCCCACCACACCGCCCAAGGUGAUUGCCAAUGCCACUACGGUGGCCGAAGUGUCGGACGAGCUCAACCAAUUGGCCACGUCGGAUGAAAUUGAACGUGUUUUCCAUCACAUGGACGCUGACGCCAACGGACAACUCAGCCGCUUCGAACUGGCCAAGGCGCUCAUGUCACUCGGGGUGGUGGCCAACGCUAGCACGCUUGAUGAUCUGCUCUUGCGCAUUCACGAGGCUGCUCGGGACAACUGCGACGAUGACGACAAAAGCGUCUCCCUCACAGAGUUUCGCCUUUUCUACGAGCAACGUCAGGAGCAGCUCUGGGAAGCCUUCCGAGAGCUUCAGCACCAAGCCCAAUUUAACGGUAAACUCACGGCUGGUGACCUUCGCUUGGCUCUUUACAACAUUGACAUGGCCGCCAGCGACGAGGAGAUCUCCACUUUUAUAAGCAUGGCAGACGUCAACCACGACGGUGCCGUCCAGUGGGCUGAGUUUCGAGAUUUUCUCCUCCUGCUCCCUGGCACCAAUGUCCGCGCCAUGUUUGAUGAGUACUGGCGUCUCUCGGCCCCCUUUAUCGAAAGCACCCACCCCGAGUGGAGCCUCCGCCAGCACUUUGUUGAAUCAGUCGAUGGGCCCCCUGCCCCGUUCAACUCGGGCCCUACAGACCAAGCGGCCGACACUGAUUCCAGGGCCAACGCCGCAGCCGCUGGUCAUGCUUGCCGUGAUCCCCAACUCUCCCCAACUCAAGUGACCAUCCAGCUCCUUGCAGGUGGCAUUGCCGGCGCCGUUUCUCGCUCGGCCACCGCACCCAUUGACCGCAUUCGUCUUAUGAUGCAAGCCGGCACCG